GUGACAGAAGACCCCCCCUCCAUCCCGUAUGACCGGAGGCACGGCACGGGUAAGCAUAGCAAGAGCCGUCCUGUCUCUCCAUCCAUCUCUCUCCCCGUCCCCAUAUGCGUCCCCAGAUCUGCCGAGCGGUGGCAGCCAUGGCCGACCCCCUGUGCCGCCGCGCGAGCGGCUGAGAGGAGGCGGCACAGGGGAGCGGCCGUGCAAGAGCUCGGGGGCAGAGGAGGAGAGGAGGCGAAGAGCGCAGGAGAGGAGGGGGGAGGAGGGGGAUAGGAGAGAGGCAGCGCAUCAAGAACUGAAGAAGCCUGACAAUCUACGGAGGCAUGUCUGAAUCAUUGAAAUUCGUUGCUUACUAUGGUCCUGGCAGUGUCCGAACAAACGAGAAGGGGUUUGAUCUGAGUGAAUUUAAAUGCGUGGACCUCAUGUUAUCGGAACCAGAAAAAAUGAACAUUAGUCAGUUGAAACACUGGUUGACAACACAUCUUUCUCUUGAUCCCAACGUGUGCACUGUCAGUGUUGAGGCGGUGUGGACGAAAUCCUGUAAAACGUUUUAUGGGACCUGAGGCGGGUAGAUAGAACGCAUGAGUGGCUGUCCUGGUUAGCAUCGUGCAAGCGUCGGAGGACUCACCCCGUCGCUUUAGUGCUCCCUGAGCCAAAGGAGAAUGCUUUGUUAGAAGGCAGCGGUGGGCAUGAGCCCGUCCAUGGCAGUCAUCCGGUUGAUAGAGAUAAGCAAUCUGGCCACAUGCACAAUCUGACAGAAGAAGGGGAUUAUGGAAGGGCUGGAGAUAUUGAUCCAGACAAUAGCGAUGAAGAUAGCGGCGACGAGGCGCAGUCAGACCUCGCGUACUCAGUUGUUAGCACCAGGCAGCAUGCAGCCCACAUGGCGUUGGAGGCUCAGGAAGAGGUUGCCGCUCUUAUCAACCGGCUCAGCAUGGGGAUCACGAUGAGCCCGUCCGACAAUAUGUCCGCGUGGCGGCGCGUCGACAGUCAGCUACGGAGGAUCUUCCAGACCUUGAGGCGCCCUUCGGGGUACGUUGCGCCUAGUGGCGGAGCACACCAUCCCCAGUACCCCUCCCUGCACCGUGCUAGGGAGGCAUGCCAGGCGGCUCCACCUUCGCCUAAACGUCCGCGUGGCCCGGGGUGUCAGCCGCAACCUGCUCGGCCGACUGGGCAGCAGACACUCACGGCACUAAUUCACAUGGAUGCCGGUUCCUCCUCUUGGCAGCAGCGGCAGGAGCAGGAGCGAACCGUUGUGCAAGUCACAUGGCCGGAGCCGCCGCGCAAGGACGGUCGCCGGCCGACUCAGCCCCUCCCGCCGUGGCUACCCCUCGCACCGUUUGGUCCUCGCAUGAUGAAACCAAAAACCCGUCUCCGUAAAAAGCCCGCAGCACCACCGGAAGGGCAGGGGGUAUGAACUAUACUAGAGUGUGACAUGCGCUUUGCCGCGUUGUUUUUCCGUCACCGAAUUAAGUCUCAUAUGUUUAUUUUGUACGUGGUUUAUUAUGAUCAGCUGACUUUUUGUGCGUAAUUGUCAGUUAAUUAUCUUACAUCGCAGUGUUGAUCAUAGGUCUAAUUGUUAGCUCAGUGGGUGAUUUGUCCAUGUUAUGACAUGUGUCGAUGAAUCAAGUUGGAUGAGCUAUGUGUCAUUGGCCUCUUGCAGGCAAUGUAAAAGUCGGAGCCUUUGAAUUUUGGUAUAUGUCACGGAUAUUCAAUUCGGCUCUAGGGACCAUUUGGUCCUCAAAAAUAGUUUCAUAAAUGUGAAAAAUGUGAAAAAAUAGUCA